AUUUGCGCGCCACUUGUGGUGGUAGUUCUUAGACAAUGCAUAUUCAAGCUAUUGUGAUAAGUGGAUUCAAGUCAUACAGAGAUACUGUAAAAAUAAGUGACUUGAGCCCUGGACAUAACGUUGUUGUUGGAAGAAACGGUUCUGGAAAGUCCAACUUUUUCGAUGCCAUACGAUUUCUACUCUCAGACGCUUACACAAACUUGAGAAACAACGAGCGCCAAGCUCUGUUACAUGAAGGAGUAUCUAAAGCACCUUCCGCCUUUGUAGAAAUUACUUUUGAUAAUUCUGAUGGAAGACUUCCGUUCGAUAAGGAUCAAGUCACUUUGAGAAGAAUAAUAAGCCAGACCAAAGAUGAAUAUGUCCUCGAUAAGAAAAAUGUAACCAGAACAGAAGUGUUCAACUUGUUGGAAACGGCUGGUUUUAGUAAGUCAAAUCCUUACUAUAUCGUCCAACAAGGAAGAAUUUCAGCCCUGUGUUCAAUGAAGGAUGAACAACGACUACAGCUUUUAGAGGAAGUUGCAGGAACGAAGCUUUAUGACGAAAGAAGGGAAGAAUCUCUGAAAAUUCUACAAGAGACAGCCACCAAACGAACACGGAUUCUUGAAGUAGUUAAAUAUCUUGAAGAAAGAAUGUCGGAAUUGGAAACAGAAAAGGAAGAACUCAAAAAAUUGGAAGAAUUGGAAACAGAAAGAAGGUCACUAGAAUACACUCUCUAUAUAACAGAACUAGAAGAGAUAAAAGAAUCCUUAGAACAACUCGAAGCUGACCGACAAGGAUUGGCAGAUGAAAGUGAGAAACUUUAUGAAACAAAAGAGUACAGUUCCAAACGUAAAGACACUCUGGAGCAACGAGUAGAAGAUCUUGAACAACAAGUUAAAUUAGCUCAAUUCAAACUGCAUGCCCUUCGAGAACAAUAUACCAAUGAAAGUGAAAAGGAAGCAAGACUGAAAGUAUCUCUCACUACCACUGAAGAUACUGAUAAGCUAAAAAAAUCCAGUUUAUCUGAAUUACAAGACGCACUUCGAGAGGCUUCACAAAGAGAAAACGAGUGCCGUCAUCAGUUGCAGAACAUACAAAACCAGCUUGAUAGAAAGAUUCAUGAAGAAAUGGACCUAGAACAGCGGAUAAACGAAAUAGAACAAAAAGUGCUCCGUAUGCAUUCAAGAGAGCAAGGUCGUUCUAAAUUUUCCAGUGUUCAGGAAAGAGAUACAUUUCUGCAAAAUGAGAUCCAAGAAUUGGAAUGGACUCUAACAGAAACAAAAAGUUCCUUAACUAACAUAUUGGAAGAACGUCAAAAGGUGGAAAACGACCAAAAUACUUUAAAGGAAGAAGAGAAAAAUCUCAACCAUGAAAUUCGUACUCUAAAUGAAGAGUUGAAAGGCCUUCAAGAAGAAGUUUCUAGCUUCCAAGAACAACGUAAUGCUUUGCAGCUUCAGAAACAAGAACUCUGGAGACAAGAAAACGAAUAUGAACAAGAACUAUCUUCCAUACAAAAAGAUAUUUCCAAAAAAGAACGCGACUUGUGCUAUGCUUGCGGUGCAAAAAUUUAUGCGGCACUAGAAAUCCUCGAUAACGUUUUAAAAGAUAAACCAAACCUUCGCACAGGAUUUUAUGGUCCAUUAUAUACGCUCUUUACUGUCGACGAUAAGUUCUCUCUCGCAGUUGAAGUGGCUGCUGGGCAGUCUCUUUCCUUCGUUGUAGUUGAAAACCAUGAAAACGCUGCUGCUCUAGUCCAAGAACUGCAAAGAGUAAAGGGAGGAAGGCUGACAUUCGUACCUCUGCAGGAAGUUGAACCAAAACAACUACCAGCUCUUCCUCCUACUCAAGAUGCGUUUCCCAUUCUCAACAAAAUAGUACCCAAACAGACAGAAUUGUAUCCAGCGCUACAAGCAGUUUUCGGUUCUACACUCGUUGCGAGAUCAAUUUCUGUUGCAGCUUCCCUAUCAAGAGAAUAUAACGUGAAUUGUGUUACCUUGGACGGUGACACUGUAAACAAAACUGGAGCAAUGGCUGGAGGUUAUUCGGAUCAGUCGCGUUCACGUUUAAAAGCUUUCAAAGAAGUACAAGUUUUAAGAGAAAAUUUGCAAAAGUGUCAGGAAAAGUUGCAAAAAGUGAAGGAUCAAUUAAAGGAGAACGAAACGCAACUGAACCAAUUAUCUAGUUGGAUACAAAAAUCAGAUGUUGAAUGCUAUACUAGAUCAUCACAGAUUCAUGACAAGGAAGAAUGCUUGUCGAAAAAUCGUCAAGAACAGAACAAAUUACAAGAACAAUGGAGACAAAUUCAUAAUAAUGAAGAUACACUUGCGCAAACAAAACGAGAAAUUGAAACUGCAAUAUCCUUGCGAAAGCAAGAACUGGGGACUCCAUUAGUUUCCACAUUAACUUUGGAAGAACAGAGACAAACACAAGACAUGGAAAGUGAGAAAAUGGAACUCUUCAGCAAGCUUCAAGCCAUUCAUUCCGACAAAAUGUCGUUGGAACAACAACUUGCAAGUUUGAAUGCUGAAGUGGACGAAUAUCUCUACCGUAAAAUUGCGUCAUUACGUCUGGAGAUUCAGAAACUGAAGCAAAACGACAGUGAUGAAAUGAAUGACAAUUGGCUUCAUCCAUCUAUAGCCACAAAAGAAGAUAUAGAGGCUGAACAUCGUUCUUUGUUAUCAGAGCUUUCAUCCGUAAAAAAUGAAAUAGAAAUGUGGGAAGAAAAACUGGAUAACUUUGUACAACAAGAAAAUGAAAUGAAGGAAGAAUUGGAGACAUUAAGACAGGAUGAAACAAAGUCAAAGCAAGCCUUGGAUGUAGUUUCGAGUAGAAUGGAACAAUUGUAUCUUCGACGAGCUAAAUUUCUUGAAAAGAAGUCAUCUCUUGAACGCUCCAUCGUUAGUCUUGGUUCCUUGCCUGCAAAUUUUCACGAAUACAGAUCACUUAGUAGAAAUAUCUUGGAAAAGAGAAUGCAACGCAACCAAAACAAACUGAAGAAAUUCACGCACGUCAACCGAAAAGCUCUCGAUCAAUAUCGAAACUUCACUGAACAGAGAGAAGCUCUUGGUAAACGUCUCGAAGAACUAGAAAAAGGUGACUCGUCUAUACGUCAGCUUAUAGAGACGUUGGACAACCGGAAAGAUGAGGAUAUAAGUCGGACAUUUAGAACCGUUCGAGAACACUUUUCGAAACUCUUUGACGAAUUGGUGCCUGGUGGAAAGGCUCGGUUGGUAAUGAAAUAUCGUGGAAGUGAUAGUUCUCGAGCUGAUUCUUCCAUCUUCGAUGAGGAAAAAGAGAAUGAGAAUCCACAAAAUUCAGAAAGGGAACCCUCGCGACCUCUUUCCUUUGCAGGAGUUUCCAUCGAAGUCUCAUUUCCAGGGUCUUCUCAGGUUUAUCUGCUAGAGCAACUUAGUGGCGGCCAAAAGUCUAUUGUAGCACUAGCACUUAUAUUUGCAAUACAAUUUCUGGAUCCGGCUCCAUUCUACUUGUUUGAUGAAAUUGACGCCAAUCUGGAUUCCACUUUCCGUAAAGCUGUCAGUAGACUUUUGCAGACACAGUCUCAGCAAGGUACUCAAUUUAUUACUACUACCUUUCGUCCAGAAUUUCUAUUCGUCGCAGACAAAUGCUUUGGUGUUUCACAAGUCAACAAAAUCAGUUCUAUACAAGAAGUAUCAAGAGACGACGCUUUGUUAUUCGUUGGGUCAGAAGAGACAGAAAUUUCUACUCAACAAUAAAAUAAAUGGAAAGCAGAAAUG